GAGAGAGAGAGAGAGAGAGAAAACUCACCUUUCUUCUCUCUCUGCACCGCGUGUGAGUUGGCGAGCCCGAGAGGCGGAGGCCACCACAAGUCUAAUCCGCCCGUAUCUAAUCCGCUCAGCCGCGCGUGGGUAGGCGAGGAGGAGGAGGAGGAGGAAGAAGGGAGGGAGGAGUUGAUCUGGGCGCGUCGUCUCGUGGAGUGUCCGGUUGGCCCUUCUGGUGUGUAACUUGUAGCAAAUUUGGACCCUGAAGUGCAGUUCAGUCAUGGCUGGUUCUCUUGCAGCCUCUGCAUUCUUCCCUGGCCCAGGGUGUUCGUCCGCGGCAUCGGCUAGAAGCUCUAAGAACACAGCCGGUGAAUUACCAGAGAAUUUGAGUGUCCGUGGAAUUGUAGCGAAGCCUAACCUGCCACCGGGGGCCAUGCAAGUUAAGGCGCAGGCGCAGGCCCUUCCUAAGGUUAAUGGAACCAAGGUUAACCUGAAAACUGCAAGCCCAGACAAGGCGGAUACAAUACCAUACAGUUCUCCGAAGACGUUCUAUAACCAAUUGCCCGACUGGAGCAUGCUUCUUGCAGCUGUCACAACCAUUUUCCUGGCAGCUGAGAAGCAAUGGACUCUGCUCGAUUGGAAGCCGAAGAAGCCUGAUAUGCUGGCUGACACAUUUGGCUUUGGUAGGAUCAUCCAAGAUGGGCUGGUGUUUAGGCAAAACUUCUUGAUUCGGUCCUACGAGAUUGGUGCUGAUCGGACAGCUUCUAUAGAGACAUUAAUGAAUCAUUUACAGGAAACAGCUCUGAACCAUGUGAAAACUGCUGGUCUCCUUGGAGAUGGUUUUGGUGCUACGCCAGAGAUGAGCAAACGGAACUUGAUCUGGGUUGUCAGCAAAAUUCAGCUUCUUGUUGAACGAUACCCAUCAUGGGGAGAUAUGGUCCAAGUUGACACAUGGGUAGCUGCUGCUGGAAAAAAUGGCAUGCGUCGAGAUUGGCAUGUUCGGGACUACAAUUCUGGUCAAACAAUCUUGAGGGCUACAAGUGUUUGGGUGAUGAUGAAUAAGAACACUAGAAGGCUAUCCAAAAUGCCAGAUGAAGUUAGAGCUGAAAUAGGCCCGUACUUCAAUGGUCGUUCCGCUAUAACAGAGGAGCAGGGUGAAAAGCUGGCUAAGCCUGGGAGCACAUCUGAUGGCUCUGCUACCAAACAGUUCACAAGAAAAGGGCUUACUCCUAAGUGGAGUGACCUUGAUGUCAACCAGCAUGUGAACAAUGUGAAGUACAUUGGAUGGAUACUUGAGAGUGCUCCAAUUUCAAUACUGGAGAAACACGAGCUUGCAAGCAUGACCUUGGAUUACAGGAAGGAGUGUGGCCGUGACAGCGUGCUUCAGUCACUUACCACUGUCUCAGGUGAAUGCGUCGAUGGCACCACAGAAUCCUCCAUCCAGUGUGACCAUCUGCUUCAGCUGGAGUCUGGAGCAGAUAUUGUGAAGGCGCACACGGAGUGGCGACCAAAGCGAGCGCAGGGCGAGGGGAACAUGGGUUUUUUUCCAGCUGAGAGUGCAUGAAUACUUCUGUAGUUUAUCCGGCAAGCAACCUCUUUGAGAAGUGCAGAUUCUAACUUGGCUAGCACAGGAGAAAUGAUUGUUGGUGGGAAAUUUGGCACGCCGUCGACAGCCGCCCAUAACCAGCCUGGGUUUUGUGAUGCACUCAUCCAGAUUUGAAGAUUGCAAUGAUUCUUACUGGCAGCUUGUUCAGAAAGAUGCUGAGCAGUUUGGGAGAAAAUCAGCUGAUUGGGAAACCUUAUCAGGAUGAUGAACAUGACUGGUGGUUGUAAAGAAAAAGGUUUGAAAUCCUUUGCAUUGUUCAUUUGUUGCCUUUCUGGAGCAAGAGUGACCCCAGUUAAUUAUCACACAGAGGGUAAUGGGAGUUGUUUUGUGAUGCUGAUUGCUGAAGCUGGAUUUGUUUUUGAACUGUGUUUCUGAAAGAAAAAAAAAGGAGAAAGAAGAAGCUGGAUUGAGCACGGAGCAGAGAUAUUACAAUCGACAUAGAUAAAUAAGAUAAGAUGUGAUGCUAACUUAGCCCAGGUGGUUUGUGUGUGUGGAGAUGCAAUCCAUUGUAGCAGCCUAAUUUGUACAUUCUUGCUACCAUAACUUAUUAAUCGAAUGAAUCGCAGUUCUCCUGCGUUUUGAUCAAA